AAAAAAAAAAAACAGUUACUUCUCAGAGGAACUGGUAAGCAGAGAGCUACGGAACCAGGCAACCAGCGGUUAAUGACAUUGCUAAUUUAUCCUUAACUCGAGCCAAGAAAAAUUGGGUUUCAGUUUGGGUUCUCGAAGAUGGCAAUGAAGACCCUUUCUGGAAGCUGCUCUUCUGACCUUUCAUCUCUCUUUAGAGGAGCUUUCUACGUCACUAGGACUCGAUUUACUUCUCCUGAGGAAGUCUUCUCUUGCAGAGGAAUCGGUUUUUCUACUGAUUCUUGUGUACAUGAAUCGUUCAACUCAAGAGUAGAUCCUUCAAAGCUUUUAUCAGCUGAGAAAAAAGAAGCCAAGUCUCUGUUAAGCUUGUUCUUGAUGCAACAAGGUCUGAGCAAGGCAGCUGCCGCACGAACCAUCAAUAAAUCAGAUCAUUUCAUCGACCACCUUAUCUCAAGGCUUCAUUCUGCUCAUAAAUCUCGGUAUCUUGUAGGAAGAGAGCUCACAACUCUUGAGAUUAGGGACACCCUAAAUCCUUAUCUUCAAUCACUCCUUGAAGAGCAUGGAAACUUUAUGGUAGAUUUAGUGAAGAACUUUCGUAACGCACCUAUCAAAGGAAAGCCAGCAUUGCCAGUUUGUCGAUCCCAUUCCAGCCUUGACACCAAGAAGCCAAAAGCAGUCUCUCAUGUAAGUGCCCCAAGUCCAGCAGCAGAUCCAUGCCCUCAACACAGCUACCUCUUAGAGCUUGGCAUGGAUCUUGAGCAGAUCAAGUUAGCUACACGCAAAUAUCCUAGUUUUGCCAACUACAGCUUGGAGAGGAAAAUCAAACCUCUAGUAGAGUUUCUUCUUGAUCUUGGGGUAGCUAAAUCAGAGAUUCCUAAAAUUCUUGUCCAAAGGCCUCAUUUAUGUGGACAUAGUAUAUCUGGUAAAAUAAUACCCAUGAUGUUAUACUUAGAAGAUAUGGGUGUGGACAAGAAACAGUGGGCAAAAGUUAUAUUCCGCAGCCCAGGACUCCUCAGUCACAGCAAGCAGAAGGUUCAGGCAAUUGUUAAUUUCCUUCAUGAGUUGGGCUUAUCAGGUGAUAGCAUAGGUAAGGUCUUAACUCGGUUCCCAAGAAUUGUAUGUUACAGUGUGGAAGACAAUCUCCGGCCGACAGCUGAGUACUUCAAACGGUUGGGGGUUAAUGUUGCCAUCGUUGUCCACAAAUUUCCAGAGAUUUUUUGUUGUAGUAUUGAGGGCCAUCUCAAGCUUGUGACCAAAUUUUUCUAUGAAAGGGGAUUCAGUGUGGAAGAAGUGAGUUACAUGGUGUUGAGAUUUCCUAAUUUAUAUGGUCUCAGCUUGACGGAGAGCUUGAUACCGAAAUGGGAGUUCUUUUUAACCAUGGGUUAUUCAAAAUCUGAGCUGGUUAAGUUUCCUCAUUAUUUUGGUUACAGUUUGGAACAGAGAAUCAGACCACGUUUUGCACUUGUCAAGGAGUUAGGACUGAAAAUCGGGCUGAACUUCAUGUUAACACAACCACAAUGUGACUUUGAGAAAGUUUUGAAGAUGAACAGGAAGAACAUACCUGUUGACAAGGUUUCAAGUCAUACAGAGAGCAAGUAAUAUGAUCUUUGGUCAGGAACUGGAUUGUAUGGCUUCUCAGUGAAGUGCUCAUUUUGAUGGAGAAUCCCAGUGGUACAAUUUUCAGGCUUGACUUUAACAAGUUUGUUGGAGGUAUCUUCGAGUGUCGUCCACAGCGUGGUUAGUCCUUUUCAUCAAUUGUUUCUCUAUAAUCCUUGUCUUUACAGAAGUUUUCUCUUCUGCAUUACUCUUUCUUGCAAGUCAGUAUUCCAAUGACGCAUGGAAGUGAAUUCGGUCAUUGUUGUUUAGAUGAGCCUCUCUUCCUUAUGCAAAUUUUUUUGUUGCAAAUUGUUUUUCUACUUCAAUAUAAAUCUUAGAUGUAAUGGCUCUAGUACUUGUUCUAUUUUUGAAGAUAAGGUUAAUAUUCUGAACAUUUA